CCCUGAGUGGGUUCAAUUCUUGAAAGCAUUCCUUCCAAAGAACACUUUACUUUGGAUAAAUUACCAAUGGCUUUGGUUUGCUCUAAUGGUGGCCCAGGGCUCCUGGGAGAAGUCGGUCUUUAAAAUUGUGUUCAUUUGUCAUUUGGUGGAAAGAAGAGUUUAAUUUUACUACAGUUACUACUACCUCUAGACCACUGCUCUGACUGGGGUUUUGUGUCCUGUAGGUGGUUUCAGUAGGCCUUUUAUUUCUUGUUAAGCAUGGAAACAACAAAACCAGGCCCUCCUGAUGCGGUUGGCAGUAUGCACUGUCAGGGUUUCUAGCAUCCGCGUUGUUCCCAAGGUGGGUUGUUCCGGCAGUAACUGGAACUGGGCGAUGGCCCGGGCCUGUGCCCAGUUCUUGGUCUGUCCCAGAACUCAGGAAGCUGCACUGUUCCCAGUGAGACAAGGAUGAAGCAAAAAACCUGCAGUAAAUGCUGGCGGAACACCCAAGGGUUUAACCCACCCCUGAGGGUCUCUGUGGGGGGUGGUCCGUGGGCAUCUUCACCUGCCAGGGGAAUCAGCAUGUUGGCUGUGGUGGACCCACAAAACACAGCCAGAAGGCCCUUCGUCAUCAUGCGCAGUACAGUUACCUGCCAAAGGCAGGCCUGGAACCCAGGUGAUGUUGAUGGGGUUAUAUCAGGCCUCUGCUACCCGGGAUGGAAGUACAGAGCAGACCUCACAGUUUUGGCCAUAGUCCUCUGGAGAAUGUCCCUGAAGGAGGAAAAAGGGAGGGAGGUUGGCACAUCUGCUGCCUUCUACUCGCAAGUUCAGGGGCUUGGUGUGCAGAGUAUGUGCUUCCUGCUCGUCCUGUCUUCACUCAGCUUCUGUCCCCUGCAGUGAGCGAUCAGCAGAUGCCCUAAAAUCAGAGAGAGGAGGUGUGUGGCCUGUCCUGUGUGCUGAGCGGUGCUGAUGGCAACUUUGUUUGUAAUCCCUAGGUCCCGAAGAUGGCAUAGUAAUACAGGCACCUUCUGAUGAUCGGGAGCGUGUUUACCCGUGGGUGCCUGCCCGGGCCAGUGGCAUCGUGUUGAGCUGAAGGAACUUGUCUACUGCUUUCCUGAAAACCUCUUUUUCUCCUAAUUCAUGAGCCAGCAGGAUGCGGUCGCUGCACUUUCUGAACGCCUUCUCAUAGCUGCGUACAAAGGCCAAGCAGAGAAUGUGGUUCAGCUCAUCAACAAGGGCGCCAAGGUAGCAGUUACCAAGCAUGGCCGGACCCCCCUUCAUCUUGCUGCCAAUAAGGGCCAUCUUUCUGUGGUCCAGAUCUUGCUGAAGGCUGGCUGUGACCUUGAUGUUCAGGAUGAUGGGGAUCAGACCGCCUUGCACCGAGCCACAGUGGUGGGGAACACGGAAGUCAUCGCGGCGCUCAUCCAGGAGGGCUGUGCUCUGGACCGCCAAGACAAGGAUGGGAAUACGGCCCUACAUGAAGCGUCCUGGCACGGUUUUAGCCAGUCAGCCAAAUUGCUCGUUAAAGCAGGAGCCAACGUGCUUGCCAAGAACAAGGCGGGGAACACGGCUCUGCACCUGGCCUGCCAGAACAGCCACCCCCAGAGCACACGAGUCCUCCUGCUGGGCGGGUCCCGAGCCGACCUCAAAAAUAACGCAGGCGAUACCUGUUUGCACGUUGCUGCACGCUAUAAUCACUUGUCCAUCAUUAAGCUCCUCCUCAGUGCUUUCUGUUCUGUCCAUGAAAAGAACCAGGCCGGAGACACAGCACUUCAUGUUGCUGCUGCCCUAAAUCACAAGAAGGUGGUUAAAAUCUUACUGGAAGCUGGAGCAGAUGGAACCAUUGUUAAUAAUGCAGGCCAGACUCCACUGGAGACUGCCCGCUACCACAAUAAUCCGGAGGUUGCUCUUCUCCUCACUAAAGCUCCCCAGGGAAGUGUCUCCGCAGGAGACACCCCCAGCAGUGAACAGGCUGCACCCAGAAAAGAAGAGGCCAGAGAAGAUGUCCUGUCCGCCUCCCCAGAGCCCAAGGCGAAGGACAACAGGCAGAGAAAGUCAAGGCCCAAGGCGUCAGCAUUUUCUGACCCCACUCCACCAGCAGACCAACAGCCUGGACACCAGAAGAACUUGCAUGCUCACAGUCACCCUAAAAAGAGGCCCAGGCACCGAUGUUCACCGCCACCCCCUCCCCAUGAGUUCAGAGCGUACCAGCUCUACACGCUGUACCGGGGCAAGGACGGGAAGGUGAUGCAGGCACCAAUAAAUGGUUGUAGAUGUGAACCCCUAAUCAACAAGCUGGAGAACCAGUUGGAGGCAGCUGUGGAGGAGAUCCGAGCAGAGCUGGGUUCGGUUCAGGAUAAAAUGAACACAAAGCUGGGGCAUAUGGAGAACAAAACCCAGCACCAGCUGCGUGUUCUGGACAAGCUGAUGGUUGAGCGGCUGUCAGCAGAGAGAACAGAGUGCCUGAACCGCCUGCAACAGCAUUCAGAUACAGAGAAGCAUGAGGGGGAGAGACGACAGAUGUCAUUGGUUGACGAAUUAAAAACCUGGUGCAUGUUAAAGAUUCAGAAUCUGGAGCUGAAACUUUCUGGAGAUUCUAGGGCCUCUAGGACCAAAUCCGCACCAUCUACUUGCGAGUCGUCUACAGGCGUGGAUCAGUCCGUGGCCACUGCAGGUCCGGUAGCGGCUUCUGACAGUUCUCCUCAGGUGGUUAGGCCCAAGGAAAAGGCCUUCAACUCCACUGCUACCCACAGACUACAGCAGGAGCUGUCUUCCUCAGACUGUACCGCGUCCCGACUGAGGAAUGUCAAGGUCCAGACAACCUUGCUACCCUUGAAAGAGGCGGCCAAGUGUGAUCAGCAGGCUGGGCCCUGUGUUGACAGAGGCACCCAAACCAAGAAGUCUGGGAAAAGUGGGCAGACGAGGCAUCGGGCCCAGCACCUGGCACCCGGCACCGCCGGUGGGCAGCCGCCCCCGGCAGCGGGCAGUGAGCAGACUGCCUCUCACGUUCGAGACACCUCCCAGGCUCUGGAGAUUACCCAGUAUUUUUUUGAGGCUGUUUCUACCCAGAUGGAAAAGUGGUAUGAGAGGAAGAUUGAAGAAGCGCGAAGCCAAGCCAGUCAGAAAGCCCAGGAAGACAAGGCCACCCUGAAGGAACAUAUUAAAAGUUUAGAAGAAGAACUUGCUAAACUAAGGACUAAAGUGCAGAAGGAAAAUUAGAAUCUGGAAAGUGGCCUGAGAAGGGCUUCUUGAUGAUUUCUGCUUUUGCAUCUAUAGAACAGCUGUGCCCAAGAUGUCCAUUCUUGUGCACGUAGCAGACUUGCCUUUAAAAACAAAAAGUCAAAUUGCUGAAAUGUGCCAGGCACACGCUUUCCUGCGCCCUGAAGUUAUGAAACUUCAACAGUGACCACCAAAGCCAGGGGAAGCUUGCUUUGUGUUAGGUUUCAUUACAAACUUGAAACCUCGGUCUGGGUUCAUCUGAGGUUCAAAAGCUCAGAUUAAGUGAGCCACGCUAAGAAACGGAAAGAUGUGUAAAGCCUAAAGCCUAAAAUUCAGGAUGUGUGAAAUAACAUAAAUCAAAAGGAAGAAAAAUUAAUCCCUUGUGAACUUUAGUCAUUCAUGUGAGCACCCCUGUGGUGCCCAGAUGAGAGCAUCUUUCUGUACGAGCUAUGGCUGAGAUGCGCUGAAUCCUCUCUUGAAUUCCUAAUUCUUAAAGUGCUGACCUUUUAACCAGAUGAAAACUUACCAAACUGAUUUUGAGGAGAAAGAGAUUUUCAUGAUGUCACUAGAUCCAAUAUAUGUUAAAGUAUUUUGCAGUCAGAGGGUAUUUAAAUGAUCAGUAAUUGGCUACUAGCACUGGGAAUAUUUGUUAAUAAACUCAGAUGAGAAAGGUUCAAAUCAUUUGGUCAUGAUUUCUGUAUUUUCAGUCAAAAUACAGAAACACUACAGUUGAUUAAUCCUACCAAUUUUAAAGCAGAUUAAUGGAAAAGCAUUCACCUAACAAUCACCUGAAACUUCUAUAAGCUAUCCAUAAUCAAACCCAGUUAACCAAGAGUACCUUUCUAAAUUUGAGCUUCUCAGUCUACAUUUUAUAAAGAAAUAAGGCUAUUUCUUAAAAGUAUUUCACUUCUAAUUGUGUACGGUCAUUGAUGAACCUCAGAAGUUACCCACUGCUUUGCAGUCUUUAUGUCAAGGUAAAAAUUGUCAACUCAGUCUAGACCCCACAAUUCCCCAUCUUGUGGAGCCCCAAGGAUUUUCCUCUCCUCUGUGGAGUAUAUAAGUUGUAAAAGUAGCUUGGGUAUGUUGAAACUUUGGAUUUAGUUAUCUUUUAAGCUUCUUGCCCCUUGAUUAUAUUCAUCUCCUCAAAAUUCCAUGUAUGCAAAGAAAUGUCAAUUCUAUUUCCAUUAACCCCAGAACUGAGAAACUGUUGUCUCUAAGUUUGAAUAAAAUGUUGCUCACAGAGCCAAAGAAAAAAUGAUUUCCUGACAUGGGAACACCCAGAAAAACAAAGUAUGUUUUUAGUCCCUUUGUUCUUGCCUAACAAGCUCAGUUUUUGUUUUCUUAACAGUGACAAUCUGUAGAUCUAGAUGUAGGUCACCAUUACACAACCUGGAUAGGGAAUCAAUUUAAUAUUCUCCCAAGUUUAUGUUCAUGUGCGUGUUAGUCUUGUUCCUCAGCUACUGUUAAGAAUGUCUGAUUCUCCCCCAGAGGAUCUUGUUGCACUGAUAAAUGUAGAGGUACUUUCCUUUUCUCAUCUCCGUUCCUAAUGCAGAACCACAGAAUUGCAGAGCUAGAUGGUACCUUCAGUUUUUUGAAUCUUUCCCUUAUCCAGCAUCACUGAAAUCUUCAGCUUUCCUCAAUAUACAUCAGUUUCUUAAGAACUGCCAAAUACUGAGAGAGGAAAUCCUGAGAUGUUCAGGAAGUUGUGGUCUAAGCAGGAGUUCUUUUCACUUACCAAAAUAGCUGUUAUCUCAAGGAGUAUCCUUGUUGAGAAAUGAAGACAAAUUUUAUCUAGACUACGGAGUGCUGUGGUAGGAAGUAUUUUGAUUAUGCAACCCCUACUCAUCAGAAGCGGGCAGCUUACCAUUGUGAACUGGAUAUUUCUGCCAAAGUCACAGGGAAGAGACUAGGGAGGACUGAGAAGGGUCCAAGGCACCUAGUCUGACAGGUUACAUGGAUCUUUCUCUACUAGAACGGAAAACCAGUAGAGGUGAGGAAACAGGAUCAGUCUGCCUCCUAACGCAGAGAGAUGGCAGCAUCUCAAGGCCACUGCAAUAGCUUAUUUUAAACAACUGGGUUUUUGUUCCUUAGUAUUGUCAAAAACUCAACUAUGGGUCUGAUGUGUAUUUUUCCUUUUUUCCCUUGUGCUAUCUGCUAAAAGGAGCAAAUGCCACAAUAGUACUUUUCCAAAGAAGCAAAACUAUUAAUUUAUUGGCUGUCAUGUGGGUUGUGUUUGAAACAGAGAUUGGAGCUUUCAAUAGCUAUGGGGAAAUGAUGUUAAGACACAGAAAAGUUGUAUAAUAUUGCAGUGGGGUUUUUUUGUUGGUGAAUUAUUGCAUUGAAUAUAGUAAAUAUCUGUGAUUAGGUUGAAUAUAGUUCUAAUCAUUUGACUUUGGGGGCCCAAAAUAAAGGAAGUGAUGUUUUCACAUUUAAAUCUUUUUUUUUUUUCAGUCAAGCAUUGAUACUGCAGAGAUAUGUUGUCUUCUAUUUAAUAUUUUUAUUAAUUUGAAUUUGUCUCUUCCAAGCAUUAAAUAUGGUUCUCAACACUAUGGAUAUUGAAAUCCUUAUUUUAAAAAUGCAAGUAUGACUGCUUUGUUUACAUUUUCGUUUCUGUGGUUGACCAAAUUUAUGUUCCCAGAAAGAGUGCCUUCACCCAGCUACAUUUUACCUUGUUUCUAUAGAAGUGUGAUUUCUGGUAAAUACAUUUGCUUCAAAGUAGAGGUCAGAUGCACUGCAUGAAAAAUAAAUUUUUCAGAAGCCCA